GUCUGUUUAUUUGUUCCUUGUGUGGUGACUUUUAGAGAAGGCCUUUCGACGCGAAAUAGGGCUUCUUUCGUGGAGGAUUUUAGCUGUGAAAAAGGACAUCCAGUGGUGAAAAAUUGUGAAUAAUAGGUGCCAGAGUGUUGGGUGCAAUGAAUAACGGUUUCAGUACGGGUGAGGAGGAUUCGAGAGGGCCGUCAGAUCAGAUUUGCUGUCUUGUGGACGAUGGCGAGAGGUGCAGAAAUACAGCUGGGAACGCGUCGUACAAUAAGAGAAUCCAGAAGACUGUCACACAGAGGCGUCUCAAACUCAGUAUCGAUAGCCAUGCCCACCAUAUCUACAUCUGUGACUUCCACAAGACACGAAUCCAAUGCGCCAGAACAAAGAGACGCCGCAAAGAUAGCGAGGAGGAUAGCAAUGAAACUGACACGGAUCUCCCAGAAGUGGAUCUCUAUCAGCUCCAAGUGAACACCCUGAGGCGCUACAAGAGGCACUACAAGGUCUCCACUCGGCCGGGCAUGAAUAAAGCCCAGUUGGCUGAUACAAUUAUGAAGCACUUCAAGACAAUUCCCAUCAAGGAGAAAGAAAUCCUCACAUACUUCAUCUACAUGGUCAAAUCCAACUCCAACAAGCUGGAUCAGAAGAAUGGCAUUGGGAAUGAAGGCACCUGAAAUCUUUCCAAAUGUUCUUAUUUAUUUUCCGUGGAUGACACCUUGUCUGUGAGCAAUUAAAUCGAUAACUAAGAUCCACAAAUUACACCGUGA